UUUUCUCUUAACGCCUCUGAUGGGACCUGGGUGGGGGGUGUCUGAACCGGAAACAAUAAUCCCGCCUUCACAGUAAAAGUCUCGCUCGUGGGCGUUUUAAACAACGGACACCACUCCGUGUCACGUGUGUGAAACACAUGCGCGUGACGGUGAUGUAACUGUACCUUUAAGGUAUCGAUCACGUGCUCGCUGCUGGACUACGUAAUGCCCAGACGCGUCUCUUAAAAUGGAAUCCGUGACCGGAAGCGUGCGUUUGCGUCGCUGCGGUGACGUCACUCCCCGUUGCUCUCCAACAUGGCGGCUGCUGCCCGCCUCCUUCCCGUUGUGGCGCUCGCGCUGUGGUCUGGUUUUCCCGCCGCGGUUUCCUCGCGCAGAGACGCGCUCGAGCUCGGCGACGCGGACUUUGAUUACCUAGCAACGGAGCACGAGACCAUGCUGGUGAUGUUCUACGCUCCAUGGUGUGGUCAUUGUAAGAAAUUGUCUCCAGAGUUUGAGAAAGCAGCGACCAGACUGAAGGGAACCGUGCAGCUCGCCAAGGUGGACUGCACAGCUCACUCAGAGACGUGUGGGCGUUUCGGGGUGUCAGGUUACCCGACCCUGAAGAUCUUCAGGAACGGAAGAGACUCCUCCCCUUACGACGGACCUCGCAGCGCAGAUGGGAUCUAUCACUCCAUGAAGAAGCAGACUGGACCAGACUCGGUUCCCCUGCAGGCUGAAGAAGACCUCCAGACCUUCACCAGCCACUACGAUGCCAGUGUCGUCGGUGCAGACGGCUCUCGGCUGCCAGAGUUCCUGAGAGCUGCCGCUCUGCUGAGGGACCAGUUCAGGUUCGCCCACACAGAAGACCUGCAGCUGGGCCGCGAGUACGGGGCCACCUCCGAGGCUGUACUGCUGUUCAGGCCUCCCAGGCUGUCCAAUCAGUUUGAGGACAGCGUGGUGGUGUUCAAAGACUUCCUGACCAUCGGCUCUCUGAGACGGUUCAUCAGAGACAACAUUUCUGGUCUGUGUCCUCACCUGACGAUGGAGAACAAAGACCAACUGAGAGUUCGUGACCUGUUGACUGCGUACUACGACCUGGACUACCACCGCAACAUCCGAGGGUCCAACUACUGGAGAAACAGGUAA